ACGCAGAUAUACGUUUGAAUACAGUGUGUCGUUUCGCUCUCGUUCCGUCUCUGUCGCGCGGGACGGCAGCAACUGUUCGCUUCAAAAUGAAUCAACAGUGUUCGAAACAACUCGGCGGAGUGCGUCGCCUUAACUGUAACGUUCGCGUUCCAAAUUCGAAUUGAUAUUCUAUUUUUUAAAUUUAAAAAUUUGACUUUUGUUCGAGUGUUGUUUGUAAGAGAAUGUUAUUGCAGUGUUAGUUGUUGGGCUGUUGGUUAGUUAGUUGGUUUGUUGGCUGUUUGAAUGGAAAUGUCUCUGCCGAACGGCGUCGACGUGUCGCAGCUGGUGCAGCACCCGGUGCUGGCCGCGCUGCCGCCAUUCUUCCUCAGAGCCUCGGAACGAUAUCAGCGGACCCCGAAGUGUGCUCGCUGCCGCAACCACGGCGUGGUGUCGGCGCUCAAGGGACACAAGCGCUACUGCCGGUGGCGCGACUGUGUCUGCGCUAAGUGCACGCUCAUCGCGGAGAGACAGCGGGUGAUGGCUGCACAGUUCUUACACGGCGGUGCGUGUGCGCAGGUGGCGCUGCGGCGGCAGCAGGCGCAGGAGGAGAACGAGGCGCGAGAGCUGAACCUGCUGUACGCGAGCCAGACGACCAGCGCGCCGCACCACUACGCCGACAUGCCGGAGGAUUCACCAGUUCAGAAACGCGCUCGCAUCACAGAAGUCUGCUCCAGUCCUUCACCGCCAACAGAAUCGCAGCCAGAAUCCAAGACCCCCGCCGCCACCCCGCCACUCGCCACCCCACCCCCGCGCUCGCCCUCAGACCACGAGCUCAACGUGGAAGAGGAACUCGAAGAAACAGAACCCUCACUAACCCCCGAAAACCUCUCCAUGAAGGAGCAAAGAGACGAUGUAUCAGUGAAGAAGGAAGAAGAAGAUAAAUGGGAGAACCCUGACUUCAAAUACAAAAUGUUCAGGCGAGAGAGGAAAGAGACAGUCGAGACUCCCCCUGAAGAUCCUUCUCCGUACCAGAAAUCUCCCGUAGAUGUGCUAAUAAAGGUGUUUCCUCGACGCAGCCGGCAGGAGAUUGAGGGGAUCCUAGCGAGGUGUAAAGGGGAUGUGGUAGCUGCUAUGGAGAUGAUGAUCACAGGGGAAAACUCAAACCCUUACCAAGUGACUCAAGAGUCUCCUCCUUACAUGCAGUACCAGUCAAAAUCUGCCUUCUCUCCAUUAUCAAACCAAAGCUUCAAAUUCUCUCCAUCGCGGCGGUUCCUGACGCCGCCCUACAGUGGGACUGGGUACCUUCCGACGGUGAUCAGACCUCCUCCGGAGUACCUGUCCUCGUUCAUGCCUCCUUCCGAGCUGAUGUAUGGCAGGCAGCUGCAGGUGCCAUCACCAGGCACCUCUCCGACGUCGGAUAACACGAAUAAUGAAGGUUUCUCCGAUUAGGGGUACCUGAAAUAUUGGACUGUGCUGUAGUAAGCGAUUCUGGAGUUGAAUCUCUGUUUUGUUGAGUGCAGUGGUUUUUAUUGACAAAAGAAAACCAAAACUACAAGUGAAGGUUUUAUUUUAUAAUAUUGAUUUAAAGUUGUUUGUACAAUUGUGCGACUGCAGUAAGCUGUUGAUGCCGAAAUUGUACUGUUUAUGCAAUUUGAAUAAUUAAAUCAGGCAAAAGAAUCAGUAGGAUUAUUUACAUUCUACAUAAACAAAAUAAUAAUUAUUUGAAUGAUAACAUAUAUAUUAUUAAUCUUAUAUUAUUUUUGUCUCUAGUAGUAUUUAAGCCUAUUGUAAAUAUUUAAAUAUGCUUAAUUAUGAAUGAUAGAUAUUAUUACACAUACGUAAUAUUUAAUAAUAUGCAGAAUAGUUAGCUGUAGUAAUUCGCAGUAGUUGUAGGAGAUAAUAGAUUCAGCAGUUUAUGAGAUUGUCGCGUGGAACGCUGUACAAACAUGUAAAUAGAUUAAUAAUAUGAAAGUACUAUUAAUAAUAGAUUUUCUAGAUUCUAUUGGAGUUUAGUUUAUUGGGCAAUCGUUUUGUGAUUGCUGAAUAUAAUUAUUUUAAUUAAAUUCUUAUCAGCUUUGAAAUCUGCCAAUAUUUUUAUUAGGAACUAAAGUGAUUAUUAUUGUACUUUAUUAAAUACUUGACAUUCCAUAUUUUUCAUUCUGAGUAUUAAUAAAAUUGUAAAUAAUGCUUCAACUAGAAAAAAAGUAGGUCUGACAUUAAGAGAUCAGUGAUUUAUUUUAAAAUAAUUCUAUUAAUAAUCUACUUAUUAUUUACUCGUUUGAUUAAUAAUUCUAUGUAAUAAUAAUACUCUUCGCUAUUAGUGUUCAAUAGUUAGUUAAUAUAGAUAGAUGUUAAUGUACAUAGUAGUUUUAGAGAAUGUUUACCCGUAAUGUUUAGACACGAUAAUAACUAUAUUGUAAUGUAAAAUAAUAAUAAAUAAACGGGCUCAAUAAAUCA